AUGCUCAUGUCAUCGAACACGUCCCCCAAACCGGCAAACGACGAGGCCGACUUGGCCGAGGACGUCGACGAACCCCCUGAACACGACAUGCACGCUACCCAGAUGAAUUCCGAACAGAUUAUGCUUGCUCGGCCAUCGGUGAACCGCCAGGAAUCACUGCUCACGCGCGCGUUGCGGAGCAGCCCGGAGAUGUCCCCAACCGAUCCACACGCCCCCCACUACGACUCCUACCUGUACCGAUCCUACCCUCAUAGCAACAUCAGUGGCGUCUCAACGGCCGAGCUGACCAGCGACGGCGGCCUCACAAGUCCAUCCUUGUCUAAUACUCCCAGCCCGCCUUUGCCACCUCAGAUGAUGAGAAAUGCUGCGUUGGUGGAAAAGAAGAAUUCGACCCCUAAAGUCAAGGUCGUUGAUGCCAGUGAAACUUCCGUCGAGGCUAACCUUGGCCGCAAACGAUGCAUUAGCUUCGCUUGUGGUCGUAAAACUGGUGACCAGAAUGAGCGGAGUUCUCCCAUCUCACCUUCUGCAUCACAAGAACUCCCACCCAAGGCCGAAGCACAGAAGGAGCUUCCCAUAGAGGAACCCUUGAUUCAACUCAAACGCAAAAGCACACUUACUUUCGUGUGCCCUGGACGGGAGACCGCUUCAAACAGCCAGAGGGAGCGAUCUCCGGCACGCAAAGUCUCCAUCCGGCCGCGAUGCCGUGGAUCCCCUGCACCUGCUGCUCGCAGAGCCUCUCCCACCUUGAAGGAAAACCCCAAGGAGGUUUCCAAAGUGGUUUCCAAGGAGGCUGUCUCUGCGUCUACAGACCACAAGGGUGUCCCGACCAGUGGACUGGGCAAGUUCGAGGAAUCCGAAGCCACCCGGUUCCACGAGUUUGCCAGCUCCAUGGACGAAGACGAUGAAUGGGUGAACAGGGAGGCCGACUAUACGGAAAAGAUCACUUUAAAUGACUGUAUGAAGAAAGAAAUGGCCAUCCGACGGCUCGGUGAACAGGCAGAAGAGGAAGCAUUGGAGGAGGAGGAAGAUAUGGAUGACAUCCUUGACGACGACUCGACUGUGCACGACUUCUCUUCAGAUGAGGGCAAUGAAUCGGACAACGAGGCUGGCUUCGCUGAGUCGGACGAGAGCGACGACGAUGGUUCUGAUAUCGAGUUUUGGGGAUCAUCACACCGUGUCCAAGAACCAACCAGUCAACCCAUCGAUACACGCCCCUCAACCAUGGGACGCCGCGCCUCGAACACGUCUUUCGACUCAAUGACGGACGAUCACUUGAACUGGCUUCCAGCCCCCGUGCAAAAGAUCGGUACCCGUCGCGCUUCGAAGACCUCCAAGAGCAUAAAUAUUCGUUCGAGGACCCCGAACCUUCCCGACAGUACCGACUUUGUCUGUGGAACUCUCGACGAGGAUCGUCCCCUCGAACUUGCCUACAAAACUUGUCUCGAAGAACGGCGCCGCCUAAAAGAAGUUAUCAUCCCCCAAGAUAUCGACCCUAGCUUCCCCACCAGCGAUCCCGAGGACGACGAAGACCUUGAACCCUCUGAGGAACAGCUUUCCAGCGUGCCCUCCGCCAUAGGUCGCCGUGAGGAAAUUACCCGAGGACGGCCAGAGGGCGAGGCUCGCAAGAACUCACCCCGCCACUCUCCCAGACGUUUGAUGUCCCCACCACCCCGUCGCACUGGGCGUGUUUCUCCCAAGCGUCUCAAGUCUCCGCCCCCACGCGUGAGAGCCAAGUCGCCCACCCCAGCCAAGUGGCAAUUCACUGAGGAAAUGCACAUCGUUGAGUCCCCCGAAGGUCUAAACAUCAGCCACCUGGUUCAGCGCCGGCCUCUCGUCCGUACCAAGUCACUUCCCCGUGACCCCAAUCCUUUCUUCACCGGCCUGGACAAAGAUCACCGAUGGCAAAGUAUCCCGGCAUUCUCUGAGUCCCCAGAGGAUGAGCACUCACAUACCCGUGAGCAACUACACACUCGUGGCCCAGUCGACAUUGUCGAAGGGCUCGAGAAAAAGCGCCAGAAACGCAAAGAAAAGUUCUGGCGUCAACACUGCCGCAAAGCUGCCAAAGAGCAGAUGGGCAAACGGCCUGUUCCAGGCCAUGGAGCCGAACGGAUGAAGGAGCUUGGCCUCGAAGUUGCUGAGAGGUGCAGAGCUUACGGCGUCGGUCAAGACGCCCAGCUCGUCCUAUCCGUUUAG